AUGUAUGGUAUCGACAAGAGUAAAAAGAGGGACAGAGCGUGGGGCGGUGGGGCGGCUUUCUCAUUUCUUAAAGGGAUAGAGACGAGACUGAGAGAACAUUUUGAGCUUAUUGCUUUUGUGAAAACACGGUGUUUCUAUGGUGUAUCUUCUGAAACCAUCUUAUUCCCUUUGUCAGCUUAUUUGGUGGUUCAAAUCCUCUCAUUCGAAUAUUAUGCUUCUGUUCUAACAGAAUUUAAUAUUCAUGAAAUGAAGUUCAUGAAACUUGGAUCGAAGCCCGACCUCUUUCAGUCGGAUGGGGAGAAUAUCAGGUAUGUAGCAUCAGAGCUGGCAACUGACAUGGUUGUCAGUGUUGGGGAAGUCAAGUUUUAUGUCCACAAGUUCCCUCUCCUCUCCAAGAGCUCCCACCUCCAGAAACUCGUGGCCGCCACAAACGACGAAGUCGACAUCCACGACAUCCCAGGUGGGCCCACUUCCUUCGAGAUAUGCGCUAAGUUCUGCUACAAUAUGGCCGUCACUCUCAACCCCUACAACGUGGCAGCUGCCAGGUGUGCAGCCGAGUACCUCGAAAUGUACGAAACUGUCGAUAAAGGAAAUCUCAUCUACAAAAUCGAUAUCUUCCUCACUUCAAGUGUCCUCCACAGCUGGAAGGACUCAAUAAUCGUGCUGCGCACCACAGCUCCCCUCUUCCCUUGGUCUGAGGACUCGAAAAUCGUGAGUCGUUGCCUUGACUCAGUCGCGACUCGAGUCUCGGCUGACCCUUCGCGAGUCGAGGACUUUUGCGAACUCCCGGUCAAUCUGUACAAACGCGUCUUGACCACUGUACGGGCGAACGGGAAAGUUCCGGAAGACGUGAUAGUCGAGUCGCUCAGAGCAUACGUUCUGAAGCGGGUCCCGCUUCUCAGCAAAGGGGCUGAUGUGGCAAAGUGCUCGUAUUUGGUAGACACGAUUAUUGAUUUGUUACCGACCGAAAAGAACUUCUGCGCGGGUGGCUGCGAUUUUCUGCUUAGACUAUUGCAAGCGUCGAUCGUUUUCGGGUGCGCGGAGUCUGGCAGAAGGGAGCUCACGAGAAGAAUUGUUGUUCGGUUGGGUGAAGCUUGCGUGGAUGAUUUUUUGAUCCGUUCUCCGAGUGGAGUGACGGGCGUUUGCGAUAUUGAUUUGGUUCGGGAAUUGGUCGAGGGUUUUGUGAUGGGAGGAGAAUAUGGAGAUGAAUCUAAGGCUAAGGUGGCUCGACUUGUCGAUGGGUAUUUAGCCGAGGCUGCUAGAGACCCGUCUUUGCCUAUUUCGAAGUUUGUGGGGUUAGCUGAGAUGGUUUCGGGCUUUCCAAGAUUGAGUCACGACAGAAUUUACCGUGCAGUCGACAUGUUCCUCAAGGAACACUCGUCGUUGAGCAAGAGUGAGAAAAAGAGAGUUUGCCGGCUAAUGGACUGCAAGAAGCUGUCGGCCGAUGCGUGUGCGCAUGCUGUGCAAAACGAGCGGCUUCCAAUGCGAGUGGUGGUGCAGGUGCUCUUCUUCUGUGAGCAGGCCCGUUUGGUGUCUGGGCCCAAUACGCCUGGGCCGGCCCAUGGAUCGUACACAAGCUCCACCACAGACACGUCUGAGGACUGGGACACUUCGGAGGAAAGAGGAAAUGAGAGGAUAUCAGUUGAGGGUAGAGUACAUAAAAAAGUAACAUAUCAUGACAAAGUCUUCGCAAUAGCAUUUCAUAAACAUAAAGAUCCAAAAAUCAACAACAAACAUAAAUCGAGACUAGUGAACCAAACGCAGCCAACAAACCUAUUAAUCUAUGGUCUGCAUGAUAUCCUCGGCGGUGAACUUGGUCCCCUUGUCCUUGUCGGCCGCGGCGCGCCCCUUGGCCUUGCGCUCGAGCAGGGACUUGCGGUCCUUGUCGAGGCGGAGCUUGGGGUGGAUGCCUACAUUGACGGUGGAUCCGUUCACCUUCUCGCGGGUGAUGCGCUCUAUGUGGAUUACCCACUUCUUGCGGUAGACCUGAACGACCUUUCCCUCGCGGCCCUUGUAGGUUCCCCGGACAACCUGCACCUCGUCGUCCUUGCGGACCGGCAUCGAUCGAACAUUGUACUUGGACCGGAGGUCGCUGGAGAGCGGCGCGCUCAUGAUGACGCGGCGAACACUCGACGGCGCCGUGAAGUGGGCCUUUCGGCUCUUGCGGCGGGAGGAGGACACGCGUGGGUUGAACUUCAUUUUCCCUUGGCUGCUUCUACUCUGACCUGUGCGGCAUUCAAAAAACAUAAAGAUCCAAAAAUCAACACAAAAGAUAAAACGAGACUAGUGAACCAAAUGCAGCCAACAAACCUAUUAAUCUAUGGUCUGCAUGAUAUCCUCGGCGGUGAACUUGGUCCCCUUGUCCUUGUCGGCCGCGGCGCGCCCCUUGGCCUUGCGCUCGAGCAGGGACUUGCGGUCCUUGUCGAGGCGGAGCUUGGGGUGGAUGCCGACAUUGACGGUGGAUCCGUUCACCUUCUCGCGGGUGAUGCGCUCUAUGUGGAUUACCCACUUCUUGCGGUAUACCUGAACGACCUUUCCCUCGCGGCCCUUGUAGGUUCCCCGGACAACCUGCACCUCGUCGUCCUUGCGGACCGGCAUCGAUCGGACGUUGUACUUGGACCGGAGGUCGCUGGAGAGCGGCGCGCUCAUGAUGACGCGGCGGACACUCGACGGCGCCGUGAAGUGGGCCUUUCGGCUCUUGCGGCGGGAGGAGGAAACGCGUGGGCCUCAAGAUCAAGAAUUAAACCAGUUUCUGCAUUAAGAGGUGAAGGGUCAACUGUGUUGUCAACAGAAAAUGAAGUUGGAGGAGUGGCCACAAGAUCAAGAAUUAACAAACCAAUUUCUGCAUCAAGAAGUGAAGGGUCAAAUGUGUUGUCAACAACAAAUGAAGUUGGAGGAGUGGCCACAAGAUCAAGAACUAAAAAUCCAGCUUCUGCAUCACCAAAUGAAACUGGAAGAAUGGCUACAAGGGCAAACAGUAAGGGUACUAAAAGAGUUCUUGAAGUGGGUGUUUGUGGUGGAGCUGAGCCUUUCAAAGUUGCUACUACCCAACAAUCUCAGAAUGCACCUAAAGCCAAAAAAAUGAACAUUCACAAGGGGAAGGAUAAGAGGAACAAGACCCCUGAAAAAGCUAGGCAUUAG